AUGAACCGCUCUGAGGAGAACCGGAGCUCCUCCGCCUUCACCUCCACCCUGAGCCCCGCCGCGGACUCCUGCGUGGGGGUGGCCAUCCUCUCCGUGGUCCUGCUCUCUGUCCUGGGCAACGGGCUGGUUCUGCUCGUUUGUUACCGCAGGAGGAACAAGUUGGUGGGCUCGGAGCUGCUGUGCGUCAACCUGGCCCUGGCCGACUUCCUGGUCUGCAUCUGCUUCUACCCAUUCUCCAUCAUAUCCUCGUUCAGCCACAGCUGGCUGGGAGGAAACAUCACGUGUGUGUACUACGGUCUCGGCUGCUUCUUCUGCGGCCUGUGUGGCAUGUUCACUGUGGCAGCCAUCAGCGUCACCCGCUACAUGAAGAUCUGCAACAGCUUGGUUUACGAUGUGUGGUUAGAAGAAUCUAACAUCCGGCUGAUGUGCUUUGCCAUCUGGCUGGUGGCCGUGGUGUGGUCCUGCCUCCCUCUGUUCGGAUGGGGCGAGUACGUCCCCGAGCCGUACGGCCUGUCCUGCACCGUGGCCUGGAGGGGCUACCACUCAUCCACCAAGGACGCCUUCUACAUCAUCUGUACCUUCACCGUCUUCGCGCUGAUCCCCGUCGUCCUCAUCGUGGUGUCUCAGUGUCUGAUCCUCGCCAAGCUUAACCGCUAUUCCUACUCUUUGUCUGCGAGGGGCAUCCGCAACAACAUGCGAUACAUCGAAAAACGACUCUCCAUGAUGUUCUUCUGCGUCAGCCUGGGGUUUGUGAUUGCCUGGGCGCCGUACGCUAUCGUGUCCUUUCUCUUCAUUUUCCACGAGGAGCAUGUGUACAUGGCUUCUGAGGGAUACCUGUUUCCCGCACUCUUCGCUAAAAGCUCGCACAUCUACAACCCGUUCAUCUACUUCUACUUCAACAGGACGUUUCAGAAGGAGCUCCGCCACAUGCUCCGUUCAAUCGGGCGCAAGCUUGGAGGAAAUCGAGUGAGUGUCCACGUCCCCAUCGAACACCAUUUUCCCAUCCACAUCCAGCUGCAGGAAAGAAGAUGCGUCCGGAAGAAGAGAGGUGGUGUGUCUCAGGACAGAACUCGCAGCAAAAGCAAGAGCAAAGAACAAGAAAAAUGCAUCACCAACAACCAGAAGCUGGUUCAAACCUGCUGGGAAUCAACGGCGAAAGAAGCCCCCAAGAUUUUGGAAAAGAAUCCUGGAAAAGACAUCAAGCCUGUGUCCUUAUGAACUGUUUAAAUGGGGGAUUUAUCUCAGAAUCAGAAACAGAAACAGGUUUAUUACCAGGUAGGUUUACACUUAUGAGGAAUUUGACUAGGUGUCGUGGUGCAUACAUAAAAGUAAAACAACAAUUUAAACACAGAUAGAGAACUAGAACAAAUAUUAAAAUAAUAAAAAAUAUAGUCAAAUAUAAAUAUAACAGUAUUUACAUGGAAUGGAAUAAAAAGGAAUAAAAUAUGGAAUAAAAAAAAAUUCGGCAGUAAUAAGAAAAGAAGUGAGCCUUAUUGAUGAGGCUGGUAGCAGAGGGGAAGAAACUGUUCAGCUGGCGAGAGACACCUUUGGUUGGUUUUGACACCAAGCAAAAAGCCUGGUGUUUCAGUGUAUUCUCUCAGACUAGUGCUAUUGCUAGAGUGAGAUGCAGAGACGAAAUGUAUCUGUGGGUGAAGUGCUGUGUCAUUCCAAAUCCUUCAUUUCUAUUGCAUUCACUGCAUUUGUUCAAAGUCAUUCAAUUCAUCCAUUGGAAAUUCCAUUUAGAUAAUAAUCAUGUUCCAAGUGCUGUGUUUUUUUUUGUAAAGUGCUUAUAUAUAAGAGUUUCUAUGUGCCUACAGUCCAUCAAUAAUAUGUUGUAGCUGUGUAGCAAAGCUUGUCCUUGGUUCUCACAGCAACUUGAUUUAUGGGACAAAAACGUUCUGGAAAUGUCAGGUAAACUUGUUACAUGCAACUAUAAUCUGUGUUACAUAACUUUAACGUUUCUUUUCACUUGCACUACAAAUCAGAGAGGUGAAACUUUCCUCUCUGCUUUUAUUUUCUCAUCACAGAAGGGGAUAAUAAUGUUGAUAGUCGAUGUACAAGUUGCAAUGAAACAAAGCCAUCGUUGAUGUUAUAUCAUAUCUUUUUUAACAACGCCAGCAGUGUGAAUCGUUCACAUUGGUCAGGGCUUAAUAUCUAAAAAAUGUUUGGAUGGAUUAUCAUGAAAUGCUGAAAGGACAUUCUUGUUCCCCAGGAGAAGACGAGACUGUGACUUUGGUGAUCCUCUGACAUUUCCUCUAAUUCCACUUUGAGGCUCACGUUGAUUAAAACUUCUGAACAAGUGCAAGAGGAACUGCCUUCAAAAUCUGCGCUGAUAUCAGAGGAUUAUUAUCAGGGACUUUGGGGAUAUAUCUUUUUAUAUCACCAUUUCUAUUUGUCCAAUGUCAGCAAGUGAAUGACAUUUCACUCAGCCUUAGCUGUAGUUUGUAUCAGUAUGUAAGCAUUGCAUUUGUCAGAUUUGUGUUCUUGCUGGUGUUAGCAUUUAGCUGAAAGUAGUGCUGUGCUUUCUGCUGCCCGAAUGUCAUAUCAAAGGUAUAUUAUUUCCGAGGUUCUGACCUGCUAAUAGCAUUCACGUCAACCCCAAACUCAUAAGUGUGACAUGGAAACUGGGAUUUUAUCAGAGAAACAUAAAACAUAGUGGAUUUGGCACUAAUGUGAAUAUAGUCAAUACACUGUAUGUUAUUCCAACUCAAAAAUACGUCUUAAAAAAGUGAAUAUUUGCAAGUCAUAAUCACAGGAAUCUCUUCCAUCUAUCCCGUUUCCAUAUCCCAUAUUUAUUUUGUCCUUACAUUUCUUUGUAUAUUAUUGUGAAUUAAAUAAUUAUUUUCCAGCAAGUAUAAAUUCUGACUUUUGAGAUCAAUUUUAAAUGAAUGAUUAGCUUUAUGUAUCUGUGAAAGUGUAGCAACGUCACACAUCAUACCUCAACUACUAACCUCAAGUAAAAGGGACAACCUGAUGUUGAUAUUUAUAUAUAUGGAGCUACAUAUGGAGAUCCAUGUUAUGGUUCUUCAUGU